CUGUUUCACUAAAUUGAGAUUUGAGACUUCAGUACACAUAAUAUUUUUCGAUUAAGGUUAGGUGUAUUGCGUGAAACAUUAUAAACAGUGAAAGAUUUAUCCAGUGAAGAAAAACAAUUCACAAUGCCGUUCAUGAUAGGAAGAGCACCCCUUCGACGCACUCUAAAUUACUUGAACGGUGGAAAACUUGUUCUUAAAGAUAAAAUUAAGAUCUUCUCUGUAGCUUACAAUAUUAUUGGCCAAAACAAUGCAGGAGCUAAAGAUUUCGUUUUCUGGUAUUUACCACAGAUCCAGUAUAAAAAUCCAGAUGUCCAAGUAGCUACAUUAAAGAACCUAACACCUACACCAUUUAUUAAAUGUUACUUAGAAGAUGGUAAACAAAUUUUGGUAGACAUUGACAAUAAAUCAAAAGAAGAGAUCCUUGAACAUCUUUUACAUACUAUCGGGAAAUCAAAACAUGAUCUGGAAGCUGAAGCUAUAGCUGCUGAGAAGAAAGAUAACCCUGCUAACUUUGGUGCUGGAUGUGAAAGAGCUUGCAUGUGUGAAAUUUAUGGACAAGUCCCCUGCUCUGGUGUUGUAACCUUACCCAAAGUGAUGAGAGGAAAAUAUAAAAAUGCAGAUUAGUUAGUUUUGUGCAGUUUUUAGUCAUUAGUUAGUGUACAAAUAAAGUAAGUUUUGUUA